CCGGAGAUGCAGAUCGGGAACCCGACGGAUGUCAAGCACGUCGCGCACAUCGGCUGGGACAACAACUCCGUCACCGCGCCCAGCUGGAUGAACGAAUUCAAGGCUUCGCCGGGGACGACCAGAGGAAACGAGCCGGAGCCCUCGCAGGCCGGGGGUGGAGGAGAGGAGCAACACGGAGGAGGAGAAGCCGGCGGCAAGGCGGAGCGGCCGCGUCGCACGAGGGGGAAGGGAUCGGGGGGCGGCGAGCCGAAGCGGCGCGAGGGCGCGGGCGAGGGGUCGCGGCGCGACCGGCGGGCGGCGAAGACGGACGCGGAGUGCAGCGAGGGGGACGCCGCGGCGCCGAAGCAGCGGAGGAGGAAGCCGCGGGCGGGAGGAGGCACCUCGGGGGGGCGGUCCAAGUCGUCUUCCGGAGGCGCCGGCGGCUGCGGCCCCGCCUCGGACUCGGAGGCGGCGAGGUCGGCGGCGCCGGAGGCGGAGGACGACCGCGACGGCUGCUGAGGCGAAGGGAACGGUGGGAGCGUGGUGUGGCGCGGCAUCGCUUCGCUGCUGGGGUUCGACUGGUAUACACGGAGGACGCCUUCGAAUUUGAAUUUGGCUUUUGCUUGGCUGGAGAUCGGAGAGCUUUGGGCCCUUUUUCUUAUUUUCCGUUCUUCUUUUACGUUUGGUUUUGGGCCGGUCUUUUCUAUGGACAGAUUGUCUUUUAGAUGGUCGUGU